GAGCCGCCGGCCGGCCGCCUGCACCGAGCCGUUCCGUGCGGCGGCCGCUCAGCCUCUGCCAUGGCCGGAUCCGGCGCGUGGAAGCGCCUCAAAUCUCUGCUACGGAAGGACGACGCGCCGCUGUUUCUAAAUGACACCAGCGCCUUCGACUUCUCGGACGAGGUGGGGGACGAGGGGCUUCCUCGGUUUAACAAACUUCGAGUUGUGGUGGCCGACGAUGGUUCUGAAAUCCCAGAAAGGCCUGUUAACGGGGCGCACCCGGCCCUGCAGGCCGACGACGAUUCCUUACUGGACCAGGACUUACCUUUGACCAACAGUCAGCUGAGUCUGAAGGUGGACCCCUGUGACAACUGCAGCAGACAGCGAGAGUUACUGAAGCAGAGAAAGGUGAAAACCAGAUUGACCAUUGCUGCCGUUCUUUACUUGCUUUUCAUGAUUGGAGAACUUGUAGGUGGAUACAUUGCAAACAGCCUAGCAAUCAUGACAGAUGCGCUUCAUAUGUUAACUGACCUAAGUGCUAUCAUACUGACCUUGCUUGCUUUGUGGCUCUCUUCAAAAUCACCAACCAAAAGAUUCACUUUUGGAUUCCACCGCUUAGAGGUUUUAUCAGCUAUGAUUAGUGUGCUGUUGGUGUAUGUACUUAUGGGAUUCCUCCUAUAUGAAGCUGUCCAAAGAACUAUCCAUAUGAAAUAUGAAAUAAAUGGAGAUAUAAUGCUCAUCACUGCAGCGGUUGGAGUUGCUGUUAAUGUAAUAAUGGGUUUUCUGUUGAACCAGUCUGGUCACCACUCCCAUUCCCACUCCCUGCCUUCAAAUUCUCCUACCACAGGUUCUGUGUGUAGACACAACCAUGGGCAGGACAGCCUGGCAGUGAGAGCUGCGUUUGUACAUGCCUUGGGGGAUUUGGUACAGAGUGUUGGUGUACUAAUAGCUGCAUACAUCAUAAGAUUCAAGCCAGAAUACAAGAUUGCUGAUCCCAUCUGUACAUACGUGUUUUCAUUACUUGUGGCUUUUACAACAUUUCGUAUCAUAUGGGACACAAUAGUUAUAAUACUAGAAGGUGUACCAAGCCAUUUGAAUAUAGACUAUAUCAAAGAAGCCUUGAUGAAAAUAGAAGAUGUAUAUUCCGUGGAAGAUUUAAAUAUCUGGUCUCUCACUUCAGGAAAACCGACUGCCAUAGUACACAUACAGCUAAUUCCUGGAAGUUCAUCUAAAUGGGAGGAAGUACAGUCCAAAGCAAAACAUGUAUUAUUGAACACAUUUGGCAUGUAUAAAUGUACUAUUCAGCUUCAGAGUUACAGGCAAGAAGUGGACAGAACUUGUGCCCACUGUCAGAGUUCCAGUCCUUAACUUUAUACGUUUUCGGGACUACUGCCUUAUUUAUCCUGCAGUCACAGACCUGAGAGCAAUAAAUGCGCACACCUGAAUGAGACAAUGGAAUCCCUGCCAGCUGUGUCCAUAUCAAGCAUGGGUCUCUCAGAACAAUCACUCCAGCUGGACAGUGCUAGUUUCUGUUUAAUGGUAAAAUGAGACUUCACCCUGACUUUCAGAGGAAGAUGUUUCCAACACUAUUUACAGAAUAAGAUGUGACUCUACAGAUACCUCAAAGAAGACAAUCCAAGACCACACUUCAUUAAUUAUGACAGAGUACAUGUCUUAAAGGAAGCAUCAAGAAUUCAGUAUUUGCAUUUAAAAAUCCUUUUUAAAGACCAUUUUUUAUCAAGCCAGUGCUGGAAAACUGAAUUUUUUUUAUUAUGUAAUCUUGACAUCCAGCGUCUGGAAUUUGACACCCAGCUCUCUUUUUACAGAAAUUAUUUCUCAGCAGAUUUCAGAAAGUACUAGACGUUAUCCAGAGAGUGGAAUAAGCAUGUAUUCCCAUGUUUCAGAAAUGUUUUAUUUCACAAAUAACUUAAUGUUAUUAUUAUAGUUAUACUUUAUAAACAGUUUUUGCCAGAUGUUAUGGGAUUUUGCAUCUCAAAGUUAACAUUUUGGGUUAUUUGCAAUCUUGAUCAGAACUAAAUCUUUACAUAUUGUGAUCAUUGUCAUGAGGAUUAUUUAGGAAAUAUUUUCAGUACUAUUCUGAAUGGCAGAAGUUCAUCUUAAACUCCAGUUAUGAUAUGAUCAUGUAAAACAAAAUACAGGAGUAAGGAUGGAGUGUGGAAUGUCAGAUUUAAGUCUUCCUGAAAUCACUUUUAUUGUUCAUGGAAUUAUCUUUACUUAAGACUAGGAGGAGACUGCAAAAUGUGAACAGUGAUCCUCUGUCCUUUCAAGAACUGAAAGUUUGCUUGGUACCUUGCUUCUGGCCUCCUUAUCAGUCAGUUUGUGCCCUUUCAGGGUAAAACUCUGGAGGACUAAGGGUCAGUUUGUAAUGCCCAUCUUUCAGAUGUGUAUUAACCACAUUCCUCCAGAGAGAUUUUUGUUUGAUUAUAUGAGUUAGGGAUUCUCCAGGGACUCCAGAAACCCUAAGAUAUAAUUUUGAGGUUUUCCAAUAAUACCAUAGCAGAAAUACCCAAAGAGAAAGGGAGAAGACAUUAUUCUGAGAAAAAAAAAAGAAG